AUGGAACGGUUGCUUCGCUUAACUGGUUUUAACGGUUUGCCGAAAACAGCGCCGCAGGAUGUGUUGAAAUAUCCAGAUACUGGUGAAAUCCUGUACGUCUCGUCACUUGCUCUUCUUAAAAUGCUUCGACAUGGUCGGGCUGGUGUUCCUAUGGAGGUAAUGGGUUUAAUGCUAGGCGAAUUUGUCGAUGAUUUUACGAUCAACGUUGUUGAUGUAUUUGCUAUGCCACAAUCCGGAACAGGUGUAUCUGUGGAAGCGGUCGAUCCGGUAUAUCAAACCAAAAUGCUAGACAUGCUUAAUCGCACGGGACGAACUGAAAUGGUUGUUGGUUGGUAUCAUUCACAUCCCGGAUUUGGUUGUUGGUUAUCCGGUGUUGAUAUUGCCACACAACGAAGUUUUGAAGCGCUCAGUGAUCGUGCCGUUGCUCUUGUUAUCGAUCCAAUACAAUCGGUCAAAGGAAAGGUAGUCAUCGAUGCAUUUCGUACUGUUGGACCAAAUGCUUUGGAAUUUAGUUUUUUGGAAGGUACCCAAAGGACACUUGCACCUACCCAAGAAUCACGACAAACCACUUCUAACUUAGGACAUAUGGUGAAACAUUCCAUCAUUGACCAACUCCAUGGACUCGGCAAAAGCUAUUAUUCAAUAACGAUAAGCUUCAAGCUAACAGUUAAGGAACAACAAAUGCUGCAAAGUUUACAUAUGAAAAAUUGGGCGGAAGGAUUACAAUUAAAUAGUUUCAAGAGUGCAGCCAAAAACAAUUUGGCAAAUAUGCAAGAAAUGGAAUUAUGCGCACUGUCGAAAAAGCAACACAAUGAAAAAAGAACAGGAAGUGAAACGGAGGAAUUAAAAGGAACGGAAAUUAAAACGGGAAAGUCAAAAGGAACGGAAAGUAAAGCAGGGAAGUCGAAAGCUGAAAGUGAAACAAAAAAAGUUGGUCAUUUCGAUCCAAAGCGACACCUUGCCACUAUUGCAAACGACUUGAUGAAGGAUAACAUUGUACAUGAGUUACGCUCCAUGAUCGAUGCCAGCGCUUUUCAGUAA